AUGUCAAUCGACCCAUCUCAACCGCGGCUCAAAUCAAAGAGAUUUAUAGUCAAUGAAGCGACAACUUUACUCCGACUUGAGGACCCGAAAGGAUACUUCAUCCAGUCAGCAUCACGGAUAGUCCGAGAAUGUCCUCCGGAGCUCCCAUGGGCAUCACUUUUUCGUGGCCAGAUAUAUCGGGGCUUGUUCGUUGGGCCAACUUCGAUUGCUUACUUAUUUUUGUGCCUUUCAGCGAAACACGCGGAUCUCGAAAUUAAAGGCAGGCGGCCUGCGGAAUGGUGCAAAGCAUAUCUCGAGCUGGGACAGGAUUCUGUGGCUCUAGUGUUUGAGGGGACUUGUGGGAUUACGAGUGAAUAUCUCGCUUCUAACGCUCUCAAAGCGUGUCUGUACCAGAGCGAGACACAUGCAGCGAAGGUAUUGGAUGCAUUCAGCAAUCUCGAAGCGGAUCCAGCCCAUUGUGAAUGGAUGAAUGGCAGGGCUGCCAUCCUCCCGCAACAGCCAUGGAUUUGGAACGGCAGCCAGUAUUUGGGAGUCGUCCACGGCGAGAUCGGCAUCCUGACGCAGGUUAUCCUGAGCGAUCCUUCCCACGCUUCGAAAUUGGAAAGCAAGCUUCUAUCGCUCAUUAAUCUGCAAGAUGUAGAGGGCAACUGGCCGUUCUGCCAUGGAGCGCCAGGCUUUGUCGGUUCACUCAUCGCCAUCAAAUCUUAUUUCCCGACGCUUCGUAAGCAGAUAGAUGCAGCAAUCACACGGGGGAGAAAGAUAACAUGGGAGAAGGGUCUCCUGACAAAAGAGCCCAAUUUCUGCUACGGCAGUAGUGGCAAUUCGCUUGCGCUGGAUGCUCCCCAAAGGGAGCAUUUUCUCUGCUUUGCUACUCCGGAACGGAUCGAGCAAGAUUCGCUUGUUCGCCUAAUCUAA